AGCGCUGCGCCUGGCCCUGCUUAUUGGCGUCUCUGGAAGGAGUGGCUGCGGCUCGGGCUCUCCAGAUAAACCGCGCUCUAGGCCGUUUCUCAGAUAGGAGCGCUAUAGGUUUUAAGAACUAAAACUUUAAAAUCUCAGCCAUGCUAAAGGCAGUUUCUUUUCUUUCCUUUUUUUUUUUUUUUUUUUUUUGAGACGGAGUUUCUCGCUCUUUCGCUCAGGCUGAAGUGCAGUGGCGCCAUUUCGCCUCCCGGGUUCAAGCGAUUCUGCUGCCUCAGCCCCCCAAGCAGCUGAAAUUACAGGCGCCCACCACCACGCCUGGCUAAUUUUUGUAUUUUUAGUAGAGAGGGGGUUUUACCAUGUUGGUCAGGCUGGUCUCGAACUCCUGACCUCAGGUGAUCCGCCCGCCUCGGCCUUUCAAAGUGCUAGGAUUACAGGCGUGAACCACCGCGCCCGGCCCCUUUUCUUCGUCUCCAUGUAAUAGCUUGAUUGAGAAAUAAUUCACAUAUCAAAUCCACCCUUUUAAAAAGCGAGCAACGCGGAUCGCGGAGGCCACGCCUGUGAUCGCAGCGCUUUGGGAGGCGGCAGUUCCAGGAGGGCGGAUCACUGACCCGGGGAGUUCGAGACCACCCGGCAACGUAAACUCCGCCACGAUAGAAAUAGUUUUUAAAAAAGAAAUAAGGAGCGUGCGGCCCGCGGGGGAAGCGCCUUUACCAGCUCGAGCCUGCAGCCCCCCGGGCCGCGCCGUCCUCGGCUCCCCCGGGCAGCGCCGGGGUUUUGUCAGGCGCGCGCUGCUGUUUGCCUGGAUUGCGCUCAUUCUGACCCUGAAGCGAGCGGCCCCACUGACACGCCCUGAAAAGUGGGAGCCACACGCGGGAUCCGGAGACCGCGCUAAAGUCCCACGCACGACGGCGCCCGCCGGCGAGUCCACGCCCGCACGUCGGCGCACGCGCGCGGCCACGCCGGUGCCGGUGCCCACCAGCGCGCAUGCGCGCCCCGUCCCCUCCCUCCCCCCGUGCUCUGCCCCGAUGGUUCGGUCCGCGCCGGGGGCGGGACCAGGGCGCCCGCGGGAAAUUUGGCGGGAACCGCGCCCGCCUCUUCCUCCUUUCCUUCUUCUUUCCUUGCUUUCGCCGCGCACUCCGCCGCCAUGGAGCAGCGCCGCGUCACCGACUUCUUCGCGCGCCGCCGCCCCGGGCCCCCCCGCAUCGCGCCGCCCAAGCUGGCCUGCCGCACCCCCAGCCCCGCCAGGCCCGCACUCCGCGCUCCGGACUCCGCUACCAGUGGCAGCCGCAAGCGCGCCCGCCCGCCCGCCGCCCCCGGACGCGACCAGGCCGGGCCACCGGCCCGCAGGAGGCUGCGGCUGUCGGUGGACGAGGUUUCCAGCCCCAGUACCCCCGAGGCCCCCAACUCCCCCGAGGCCCCAGACAUCCCAGCCUGCCCUUCUCCGGGCCAGAAGAUAAAGAAAUCCACCCUGGCAGCAGGUCAGCCGCCCCAUCUGACAUCCGCGCAGGACCAGGACACCAUCUCUGAGCUUGCGUCAUGCCUGCAACGGGCCCGGGAGCUGGGGGCAAGAGUCCGGGCGCUGAAGGCCAGUGCCCAGGAUGCUGGGGAGUCCUGCACCCCAGAGGCCGAGGGCCGCCCUGAGGAGCCAUGUGGCGAGAAGGCGCCCGCCUACCAGCGCUUCCAUGCCCUGGCCCAGCCCGGGCUGCCGGGGCUCGUGCUGCCCUACAAGUACCAGGUGCUGGCGGAGAUGUUCCGCAGCAUGGACACCAUCGUGGGCAUGCUCCACAACCGCUCCGAGACGCCCACCUUUGCCAAGGUCCAGCGGGGCGUCCAGGACAUGAUGCGUAGGCGUUUUGAGGAGCGCAACGUUGGCCAGAUCAAAACCGUGUACCCGGCCUCCUACCGCUUCCGCCAGGAGCGCAGUGUCCCCACCUUCAAGGAUGGCGCCAGGAGGUCAGAUUACCAGCUCACCAUCGAGCCACUGCUGGAGCAGGAGGCUGACGGAGCAGCCCCCCAGCUCACGGCCUCGCGCCUCCUGCAGCGACGGCAGAUUUUCAGCCAGAAGCUGGUGGAGCACGUCAAGGAGCACCACAAGGCCUUCCUGGCCUCCCUGAGCCCCCCCAUCGUGGUGCCGGAGGACCAGCUGACCCGCUGGCACCCGCGCUUCAACGUGGAUGAAGUGCCUGACAUCGAACCGGCCGCGCUGCCCCAGCCACCCGCCACGGAGAAGCUCACCACUGCUCAGGAGGUGCUGGCCCGGGCCCGCAACCUGAUUUCACCCAGGAUGGAGAAGGCCUUGAGUCAAUUGGCCCUGCGCUCUGCUGCGCCCAGCAGCCCCGGGUCUCCCAGGCCAGCACUGCCGGCUACCCCACCAGCCACCCCGCCUGCAGCCUCUCCCAGUGCUCUGAAGGGGGUGUCCCAGGAUCUGCUGGAGCGGAUCCGAGCCAAGGAGGCACAGAAGCAGCUGGCACAGAUGACGCGGUGCCCGGAGCAGGAGCAGCGGCUGCAGCGCUUAGAACGGCUGCCUGAGCUGGCCCGCGUGCUGCGGAGCGUCUUUGUGUCCGAACGCAAGCCUGCGCUCAGCAUGGAGGUGGCCUGUGCCAGGAUGGUGGGCAGCUGUCGUACUAUCAUGAGCCCUGGGGAAAUGGAGAAGCACCUGCUGCUCCUCUCCGAGCUGCUGCCGGACUGGCUCAGCCUCCACCGCAUCCGCACCGACACCUACGUCAAGCUGGACAAGGCCGCGGACCUGGCCCACAUCACUGCACGCCUGGCCCACCAGACACGUGCUGAGGAGGGGCUGUGAGCCUGGGGGCCACUGUGGACAGACGUGGGCUUCAGAAGCUCGCUGGCCUGGGCCCACCAGCAUUUUCUUUUAUGAACAUGAUACACUUUGGUUUUCCUUUCCCCAGCGCCCCUGAGGGCCAGAGGCAGAUGUGGGCUGCAGGCUGCACAGCCGGAGGGUCUCUGGCUGCGGGUGGUGGGCCCCUUCAUGGGGCUCACCUGGUGGAUUCACAUUAAACCGGUUUCUGUGGGCA